AUGUUCUUCAAAGCUGGAACCCGCAAGGCCUUACAAAAAGUUUGCCUUCAAAAAUGUUCAAAGCGGCUGUACCAUCCCACAGUUCUGCCUUCCCUCAUUUCUACAACUUCACCAGAGUUCAUUUCGAAGAAAGAGGCAAUGGAUGACUUAAUCGAAGAACUUGACGCGAAGACGGCAAAAGCAAGAUUGGGCGGAGGCGCUACAGCUCAGGAGAGAAUGAGAAGCCGAGGAAAACUGCUACCGAGAGAACGACUUGCACUAUUACUUGAUCCGCAUACACCGUUCUUGGAACUAUCAUCACUGGCUGCGGAAGAUGUUUACUCUGACUAUAUACCUGGCGCAGGCCUCAUUACCGGAAUUGGUCGGGUCUCCGGUCGCGAAUGCAUGGUUAUUGUCAACGACGCGACGGUGAAAGGAGGAUCGUAUUACCCUCUAACAGUCAAGAAACAACUACGUGCGCAGGAAAUUGCCCGAGAACAUGGAUUACCCUGUGUCUAUAUCGUCGAGUCUGGAGGUGCUGCUCUACCUCAUCAGGCCAACGUUUUCCCAGACAGAGAGCAUUUUGGAAGGAUUUUCUAUAAUAUGGCCCAAAUGUCUGCCCUGGGAAUACCUCAAAUAUCCUCUAUACACGGUAUCUCGGUCGCCGGAGGAGCCUAUGUACCCGCCCUCGCAGACGAGAACGUCAUCGUCCAAAAUCAAGGUCGAAUAUUCCUUGCAGGGCCUCCCCUAGUUAAAGCCGCCACCGGAGAGGAAAUAGAUGACGAGUCGCUCGGAGGGGGAAGGAUGCAUUCCACGGAGAGUGGUGUCACCGAUGCACUCGCUCGAGAUGACAAUGAAGCUAUCAUACGUGUCAGAGGGAUCAUUGGAGAUUUAGGUCAAGCAGGAUAUAGAGGGGUUCUUCCGGAACAGAAAGUCGAAGGUCCUGUAUACUCUGCUGAAGAAUUACAUGGGAUUGUUGGGACGGAUGUAAGGCAGCCGUUUGAUAUGCGAGACGUGAUUUCUCGCGUAGUGGACGGAAGUCGGUUUAGGGAAUUUAAGAAGGAUUAUGGCUCGAGUAUAGUCACGGGGUUCGCUCACAUACAUGGCUAUCCUGUAGGUAUAAUCGGGAACAACGGAAUUCUCUUCUCCCCUUCUGCUCUCAAAGCAACGCAGUUCAUCCUCUUAUGUUCUCAAAGGCAAAUACCUCUAUUGUUCAUGGUGAAUGUCGCCGGGUACAUGGUAGGCAGUAAAGCAGAAAAAGGCGGUAUAGCAAAAGAUGGUGCGAAGAUGGUCCGGGCGGUAGCAUGUGCAGAUGUGCCUAAGUUGACUGUCAUCGUAGGUGGCAGUUUUGGGGCUGGAAAUUAUGGCAUGGCUGGGCGCGCUUAUUCUCCGAGGUUCUUAUGGAUGUGGCCUAACGCAAAAAUCAGUGUCAUGGGCUCCGGUCAACUCUCACAGGUGAUGACCUCCGUGUCAAAGGAUCCCAGUCAACAUGCAACACUCAAAUCAGAAAUCGAGCAUCAAUCUACAGCGUUGUACUCAACGGCAAGAUUAUGGGACGAUGGGAUAAUUAAACCCACGGAUACAAGGGAUGUUGUUGGGCUGGGUUUAGCACUGGCCUCAAGGAGACCCAGUAGUGGAAAUCAAUCAAGAACAGGACGAUCCACGACGUGGGAUGGCAACGGAAUGGGCUUUGGGGUAUUCAGGAUGUAA